GGUACGAUGGCACAUAGUGGCUUUGCUGCGCGGACGAAUCCGAAUCAGAAGAGACAACCGGCACCAGGCCUUCAUCACUUACUUUAAAAAGGUUAAACACUAAUUUAGAGAGAUCAUUUUUGCUUACAGUGUUUUUUAAAAACACUGUACACCAUCCCGACACUAUAGGCACCACGGAUCAGCCCAGAAUGCCAAACAUUAAGAUAUUUUCAGGCAGUUCGCAUCCGGAUCUGUCGCAGAAGAUCGCGGACCGACUGGGACUCGAACUGGGAAAAGUGGUCACCAAAAAAUUCAGCAAUCAGGAAACCUGUGUAGAGAUAGGAGAGAGUGUGCGUGGAGAAGAUGUCUAUAUUGUCCAGAGUGGCUGUGGCGAAAUAAACGACAAUCUCAUGGAGCUGCUGAUCAUGAUCAAUGCCUGUAAGAUUGCAUCGGCCUCCAGAGUCACGGCGGUUAUUCCUUGUUUCCCCUACGCUCGGCAGGACAAGAAGGACAAGGUGGGGAGUCGGGCUCCGAUCUCAGCCAAGCUGGUCGCCAACAUGCUGUCUGUAGCCGGAGCAGACCACAUCAUCACCAUGGACCUUCAUGCAUCUCAAAUUCAGGGGUUCUUUGACAUCCCAGUUGAUAACUUGUAUGCUGAGCCGGCAGUCCUCAAAUGGAUAAAAGAAAACAUCAAUGAAUGGAAGAAUUGCACCAUUGUUUCUCCUGAUGCCGGUGGAGCCAAGAGGUGUGGAGGAGUGACAUCCAUCGCAGACCGACUGAAUGUGGACUUUGCCCUAAUCCAUAAGGAACGUAAGAAGGCCAAUGAAGUGGAUCGUAUGGUGCUGGUUGGGGACGUGAAGGACCGAGUGGCGAUUUUAGUGGAUGACAUGGCAGACACGUGUGGGACAAUAUGUCACGCGGCUGACAAAUUGGUGUCUGCGGGAGCCACUAAAGUGUACGCCAUCUUGACUCAUGGGAUCUUCUCCGGGCCAGCCAUUUCUCGGAUCAACAAUGCCAACUUUGAGGCGGUUGUGGUCACCAACACAAUUCCACAGGAGGACAAAAUCAAACACUGCAGCAAGAUUCAGGUGAUUGACAUUUCUAUGAUCCUGGCUGAAGCCAUCAGGCGAACGCAUAACGGGGAGUCAGUUUCAUACUUGUUUAGUCAUGUCCCCUUAUAACACGAACAUACAUGCGUGUAAACAAACAAACAAACACAUACCAUCACUGUGUACAAACUCAUAUAACAGAGAAUCAUUGCUGGCUCUGUUAAUCCAUGUUCCUUACAUGCACCAUUUAACUGAAGACAUAUUUUGGACAGUGAAUAAAAAGAACGAAAGCCCUUAGUGCUACACAUCUUUUUCUGCUGCAUGCGCUGACUCACCUUUUAUUCCCAAAGGUAUUGUGAUAUGUAACGACCGCUAAAAUCUUGAUUUCCAUUCACUCUCCACUCACUGUAUUUCACCUGUCACUCUAGGAUAUAUAAAUGUUACCUGCAUGUUGAGGACUAAGGAUUCACUUGAAUGUUGCUGUCUGUUAUUUCUGCUUUAAAGAGACUUUAAAACCAACAGUUAGAUGACAGCCCUUGCUUAUAAUGAAAGAUAUCCUUUAAUACUGGAUUUUAUUGCUUUCAAGUUUGUUGUGAAACUUAAAGGUACGAUAGAUGUUUAUGACUUUUUUUGUAACACCUUAGUUUUGUUAUAGAGUCUAAUUACUAACACGUGGCUAGAUUGAAAUAGAAUAUGGGUUGAGCCCCUCUAGAUUGCCAUUAUUAUGGCAGCUGGUUUUUUUUCUUUUGCCUUCUCAGGUUUUAGUUUUGUUUUUGUUUUUUUCUCCUGUGUAGCUUUAUUAAUUUACAUCUCUUUGUGGUCUUUUGACUGGGUGAAAGCCAAAAUCUGAAAUUAGGUCAUUUUUUUUUUUUUUUUAAAGUUGUGACGAAGUUUCUUUUAUGUUUGUUUAUGUUUACAGUUAGGCAGCAUUUUUGACUGCUUGAACACAGAUCUGUGAAGUGCCCUUUAGAUUUGACUGAAUACACGCGCAUACACUUAAUUUAGUGGCUACUGUCGAAAUGGCCCAAACAAUCAGCCUGUUGAACUAUAUUUUUGUUUUGUUUGUUUUUUUUUGCUUAUCUCUGUGGGUCAGUGUGUUUCUUCUUGGGGUAGGUUUGUCCAUGCCACUCGAGCGAGAUCAGAGAUAAUACACCUAACUAUCCUACAUAUUACACUGGAGCAGUAAGAUGACAGAGCUUGAUUUGAUAGGUCUAUGCCGUUUGCCUUAACGAAUGAGAAAAUACUGAUUGUAUCUUGUCUGAAUGCGGAAUGAGUAAAAUAUUUCAUUGUAUGAACUGCA